AUGAUCGCCGGGUGGAAUUUCAGAUUCGACGCGGUGCCUUCGCCGAGUGGCUGCAGCUGCUGGAGGCAGGGGGCCGCCCCCGGGCUCGCCAAGACCUUCACGUUCCAGAAUGCCCGACGCGACAGCGAGACCUGGAAGGCGGUGUCCUCUGCCGCUAUGCCCGGGAUUGGCUGA